AUGGAACAUGCUCCUGAGCGCGUUGUGGAUUUGCGCCUUUUACCCGGCGAUGUUGCCAGCGGCAUUGUUGUCGUACAAGACAUUCAGGCAGCAGAACCUGGGGAGGUUUCUGACAGCAGCUGCGACAGCGACACUGAUGCGGGAAGCAGUUCAGAUGAGGAAGUUGUGCAAAAUGGCCCAUGGAUCCUCAACUCCACUACUGGCUGGUAUCACAAAGCCACGCAUGUGGACGAGGGCAGUGAUAUGGGCCUGCUUGCGCCCCAUGGUCGUGUAGCACUUUCCUGCCGCCCGGCGCAAGCCCUGGGGGCACAAUAUCUGGUGCGCACUUCUGAUCCCUUUUUGGAAGGAUUGCCUUGUGCGGUUGCACUGGGUUGGUGUUUUGUUUGCCUUCUUUUGUUUCUUGUGCUGGCAGCAAUGGACCAGCUCAGUGAUGCAGAGCUGUGGGUUUGCUUGCCUAAACGUUUGCGCUCCGGCUUGAGCGCAGCGGGCAGCAGGGCGCUGCCUCCCUGCGAAAUGCUGGCUAACAUGUUUGUUGACAGGGAUGACAUCAUUGAUUUCUUCAAAGGCGACAUCCUGGUGGCAGACUUGGAGCGGAUUGAGCUCCUCCAGCAUCGCGCGGAGAAGUCAGCAGUUCGUGUAAUAAAACGUAGAGCCAACACAUUUCCGGAGCAGCAGGACCUUGGCGUCGCUUCCAAGGCCGCUCGGUGGGAGCCCUUACAGGUGCUCAGACCUACCAAAGCUUGGCUUUCCAGGGCUUCAGGUGCAGUUCGGAGGAGAGCGCCAGGCACGAGGAUUGUGACGCAAGCUCCAGCAUCGCGCACAGCCGCUGAACAAGCAGAUUUGCGGCGGUGGCGCGCGAGUCUUGCUGCCUUGAUUACAGAGCUAGGUCUUCCGGCAGCUGCGCAAGCUGCCUUGGUGGACAUGCCCAAGGGUGCGUUGGAAGCAGGGCUGGGAACAGUGCGCGCCGCCACCAUUCGCAAGCAUGUGCGGGAAUUCAAAAAGCUGUCGGCCUAUUGCAAAGCAGUGUCUGAUAGAGCGUGGCCCAAAGAUGUAGGAGUCGUUCUGAGCUACUUGCACGAAAGACAUUUGGAACCUUGCUGCCGUUCGGUGCCGCGUGCUAUAUUUUGUUGCAUAGCCUUUCUUGAAAAAGUAGGUGGUGUGCCCAACGUGAGUCGCUUGAGUGAUUUGCAAUUGUUGAAGAAUACAGUAAAUCAGAUGACGAUGGAUUUGGAAACAGGGUCGCCGCCCAAGCGCCAGGCGCCCCUCCUACCCCUGGUGGUUGUUGCUGCGCUGGAAGUAGCUGUUUGCACUGAUACCUUGCCGCUGUUUUUGCGUGGGUUUGCUUUCUACAAGCUUUUGAAAAUUUGGGCAGCUGCCCGGCAUUCAGACUUGGAAAGCUUGAGUCCCAGCAGCCUUAGCAUCAGCCAGGGCGGCCUUGAGGGCAGAUUGGACCGGACCAAGACUAGUGGUCCGGGGAAGCGGGUGCGCUUCCUGCCUAUUUUUGUUGCCAAGGAUGCAUUCUUCUUGCGGCCGGAUUGGCAAACAAUGGGCAUGAGUCUUUGGAAAGCGGAAGAAAUGAAUUUCGAGAGGGACUUUUUCUUGCCUUUGCCUGCAGCGGAUUUCUCUGGUUGCCGCCGUAGUAUGGCCUCUUACAGCCAUGUGGUAUCUCUAUCCAAGCAGCUGUGGCGAUGCUUGCGCUUUCCAACUUUGUCGGAAGGCAAGUGGGUUUUCUCUGAUACGUCUUUGUUCGCAUCUCCGGACGCAGUGUCCUUCUGGACAGCACAUUCAGAGCGCAAUUGGCUGGUUUCCAUCUUGGCAGCAGCCGGUGUGCCUCGCGAACAGUGGGAGUUCAUCGGGAGAUGGCGUGCCUCAAGGGAGUACGUACGUUCGGCCAGAUUCAUUGUGCGCAGCUUGCAGUUGAAGGCCUUGAGUGCCCUAGGCGUGGAUCCCUUGCUAAGAAGUUUAGGCAUGGACGAGCUGGUGGAGCAUCUGCGUAAUCAGUGUGGCUUUUGUAAUGAAGAACUGGUGGAGCUGAGGGACAAAUGUGCGCAAUGUGUGCAACAGUUUCCUUUCCAUUCUUUUGCGGUGCCUGCUUGCAAUCAACCGGCUGCUGGAGCUGGUGCUGGGCCCAUGCCUGAAGUUGCACCAGCGGAAGAGCUUGACAGUGCAGUGCCUUUCUUCAUUGCAAUUGUAGGCCACCGCCGGUUGCGGUGCUUGCAGCGGUCGGGCGGCUGCCCGGCAGCCCCAAGAGAGCUGCGCGAAGUAGAAUAUCUUCAAUCCCUUGAAGGUGCGGUGUAUGACUUUGCUUGUAAGCAUUGCUGGCGUGGCGGUGCGGAGCCGGGGGAGUCGUCCGAAUCGUCGAGCAGCAGCUCGGAGCCUUCAAGCAGUGACAGCAGCGCGACUGAGUGCUAG